AUGCCCCUGCCGUUCUCCCUGGUCUGUGACUUGCUGGAAGAAGCCUAUGCCCUUGCCACGACUCGCAAACCGUCCAACCAGGCCUUUGUGGCUUGGUGUGCUCGACAUCGCAGCCGUAUAGAUGCACCCGACAUAAAUCUCGCAGCGUUGUUAUCUACGCUGUUGCCCGAAAAGAGAACAGACAGGGUAUACGGUAUUCAGGCAAAUGGCCUUGAGCGCAUCAUCAGCCGUGCUUUAAUGCUUGGCUCCUCUCGUAUCAAGGAACUCGCUAUCUAUAAACAGCCCGGCCUUGGGUUAGAUCUUGGUGAUUGCGUAGAGCGUAUCCUGAAUGCUACUCCCAAUCCGACUUUCCCAGAAACGCUUCAGGUGACUGUUGAGGAAAUCGAUGAGGCUUUGCACUCCGUUGCAGCCAAAGUGAAAUGGAGCUCGCCGGCUAUAAGAGCCUCAGACGCUAGCUUUGCCGAAUCACCUGCUCGCAGCGUGCUGGAGACGAUUUAUAGACGGCUCUCUGCUAGAGAUGCCAAGUGGUUUACGAGACUUGUUCUCAAGGACUUUCAGCCCCUGGUAUUUGAUGCAUACCAAGUGUAUCGUUCUUGUGACCCAGUUUUACCAUCAAUCUUGCAAAUCCGCCAAGACUUUACUAUUGCUAUCAAAACUAUACAAAGACUUAGGAAAGACGGGCAAUCCUUAGAACAGGGAUCAGCAUAUAUUGAUCGAAAAUGUUUGGCACUGGUCAAGCCACAGCUGUCAACCAAAGUGGGGAGGCAGCAAUGGUUCAAAGCUCGCAGCAUAAAACAUUGCAUUGACAUGUGCACAGGCUUGAUGAGCGUUGAGGCUAAAGUUGAUGGGGAAUACUGCCAAAUCCAUGUUGAUGUCAGCAGAGGCCGGCGCGGCGUUCAAAUCUUUUCCAAGAGUGGGAAAGAUAGCACCGAAGACAGAAAGCGUCUAAUUGGAAUUAUCACGGAUUCCUUGGGAAUAGGCAAGGCUGGAUGCAGUAUCAAGACAGAGUGUAUCUUGGAAGGAGAAUUGGUAGUUUAUAGCGAGUUGGAAAAGAAAAUCCUCCCUUUUCAUCACAUUCGAAAACAUGUCACUCGUCGUGGCUGGUUCAUGAAUACAGCGGAGGAUGUCCCGCCGAGACCCCAUGAACACCUAAUGAUUGUUUAUUACGACAUCUUGCUUCUCGAUGGCCGAUCGUUACUAGAUGUUCGGCACUCGGAACGCUUUAAACUGCUUGAGGAAGUAGUUCGUUGUGAUAGGGGGCAAGCUGAACUCAUACAAAGGCAGAUAAUUAAUACCAAUCACCCAAUGGCAGCUUCGGCAUUGCGGAAUGCAUUUGCGAAAGUCAUCACAGACAGAAGCGAAGGCCUAGUGCUAAAAGCAGACCAGCCAUAUUUCAACUUUCAUAACUAUGAACGGCCAUUUACAAAUCAUUGCAUCAAGCUCAAAAAAGACUACAUCGGCCGCUUCGGUGAGGUUGGCGACUUUGCCGUGGUUGGAGCUGGCUUCAGUGCGGCAAAGGCAAGAUCAUACAAUAUUGACAAUGUCAAAUGGACUCAUUUUUAUGUGGGCUGCAUUGACAACAGGGAGCAAGUCAAGCGGUGGGAUGCUACUCCAGAAUUUACUGUCAUAAACGUUGUUGAGCUCAAUGAAGCUAUGCUCAAGACAUUCAUGUCAUGUACAAACCCAAAACCGGUCUCAGUGGAAGGCAAUGUCGAGACCAAAUUGAUAUUUGCUGCUGGGGCACAAACAAUACCCAUGACAGUGGCAUUUACUGAUCCUCCUGUUUUCGACAUGAGAUGCUUUAGUUUUGACAAAGCAGGCAACACAGACUGGUGGAGUUUGAGAUUUCCAUCUGUUGCAAAGAUUCACUUUGACCGGGGUUAUUCUGAUGUACUAUCUUUCGACGAGCUGCAAAAGAUUGCAGAGGCCGCCACCGCUGCCCCUGAGUUGGAAGAUAGUCAGGAUGAUCUGGCAUGGAUCGCGAAGCUAGAGCAGGCAGACCCAAGAGGAUUAGCUGUCGAUGCUGCCACGCAGCUGACGGCAACGACGAUGCCAACGCCAUCGCCGAGACGGGCUUCUCAUAAUUCGUCAGACUCGAUGCCUCUCAUCAGACAUGUCGGUGAAAGCUCCCUAGAUCGAUCGGUUGAACUCUUAGGCAUACCAGUGCCAGAGCCUCAUAAAGUUGCUGCAACGCAACCACCCCCUACUGUGAACCCUUUUAAAAUCUCUUUCUUGCCUAAUGACAAGAGAAAACGUGCUGUAUCUCCACCGAUCUUCUUCUCUCCGUCGAAAAAGCAUCGUGCGGUUUCUAUAAAUGAGACCUCGCGACGAGACGCUUCGAGCCACAUGCUCCAGCCUGAAUCACCAACCCGUCGCGCAUUGGGGGAGAUAGAUGGUAAUUCAGUGCAAGUGCCUCGUGUAUCGGGAUCGCAUCCCACUGACUGCCCGCCUAAAAGUCAAAACCAAAAUUUUUCCAAUCCUUCUAUGGGCAACCCGGAGAAGGAUAAAGGUGAGCAUCAGCAGGAGAGCGGUGCUAAUAGAUCCACAGAGUCGUCGUCUUCUUCCCCUUCAUUACACGACAGUGCUAUUGUAAUACCAGAUAGCGAGGAUGAGGAUGACGACACCGACGACAAUGUAACCGUCUCAUCUUCGCCUCUGGCGAGAGAAGAUAAUGAGCGAAUUGAAGACCAAGAAUAUCCAAAUCAAGAUGAUAAAAAAGCCGAAACCAGCUGUCAUUAUGCUGGUUCUAAAUGCCAGCUAGCUAAUCGACUCAUCUUACUACCAUCGUACCUUUCGGAUAUCGAAGAGCUCAACCCCUUACUUCGAGCCCACGGGAUAUUGAACGUUGUCAGCGACGCCGAAGCUUGGGCUAAGGAGAAUGCAGCCAAUACUGCUCUAUCGCUAGAUGGACAAACAGGGCCCAAUAGGAUCCUGUUCGUCGACUCGGUAGACAAAGAGCCAGAGACAAAGGCUUUGCUCUCUAAACUGGAAGAUAUCCGUGAAGCUAUUCUCGAAGAACGCCGAGAAUGGAUAAGUGUUUUUGAUUGGCGUGUUUUGAAUCACCUUACAAUUUACGAAGACGAAGAGAAUACGAAAAAGUAUUAUGAUGGGUUUCAUGAUCCGUGGCGGCGUUGGUACUGUGGGUUGGUCUAGUAUAUAAUCUAUCCGGCGGAGGACAAGACGUCUUUUCCUCCUUUUUGUUUCUUUUUCUUUAUUAAGGCGUACAAAAUCAAUGGGAUUAUAGUAUGUAU